GUUGAAUGUGAUUAUUCGUUGAAAGUGAGCAGUUCGGCUUUAAGACCGAAUCGUAAAUGCUCAAGAACAAUGAAAUCUUAAUUAUACCAGUGAUAUUUGCGGCCCGGCAGUGAUACUUGUGAGUCUUCCGGCAACCAUGCAGCGAAAACCGUUCCGCACCCCGGUCAUUGUACUGUUGUGCCACUACUGUGUCUUCUCGUUCUGUGUAAGAGGGAAGCCGACUACCGCGUCGGAGGACACAGAUAUGACACUGCUGCUAAACAAUCUCAGUGAAUCGGCCCGAGAACGUCCGGUCGAUGUGUCGUACUUUGAGGACGACGAGCUGAGCCUAGCUAUUAUGCUGGGAGGAACCAGUUCGUCCGGCGGAGCUAGCGGCCACCGAAAUGCCAAACGGUCCGCCGAUUGGAUAAACCGUAUCGAGACACAGGAUGAGGACCUAGGUGCUAAUUACACCAUCUACAACGUUGGAGUCCUGAUGGCGUCCCAUUUGGAUUCGCCAUUUGAUUUGGAACGAUGUGGGCCAGCCGUAGAUUUAGCGUUAGAUUUUAUAAAUGAUUUCUUAGGAAAGACGCACAAUACCAAGCUACGGAAAGUUCAAAAAAGUUACGCUUCCUGCUCGGGAGCCAAAUCGCCGGGCCUUGCAGCUGAUAUGCACUUCAAGAACAACGUGGUGGCCUUCAUCGGACCUGCCUGUGCCUUUGCGUUGGAACCGGUGGCACGACUGGCCGACUACUGGAAUACACCCAUCAUCACCGGAAUGGGUGAUCAGCCCCCGACGGAAGGUGAGCUCUCGGUUACAUCCGGAAUCCUGGGACGACUGAGUAAUAAAUGGAAAAACGAAAGCACGGGGAUUUUCAAGGACAAGUCUAAAUAUCAAACGCUGACUCGGAUGUCCUACUGCCAGUGUCGGCUGAAGCUGGUAUUUUCCAGCAUCUUUCGCCAGUUCGGCUGGAGGCACAUUGCUCUGAUAUUGGAUCGAUCGGAUUUGUUUUCACUGACGGUGGGCAAGAAUCUCGAGUACGGACUCAAGGAAGAGGACCUGCUGACCUGUGUGCGGGAUCUGGAUGGCAACGACGAAGAGGACCUGGAUAACUACUUACGUGAUGCGAGCAUGUACGCCAGAGUGAUUAUCUUAUCCGUGCGGGGCAGUUUGGUUCGCAAGUUUAUGCUAUCGGCACACCGGCUCGGUAUGACGAGGGGCGAGUUCACAUUUUUGGACGUGGAAAUCUUCCAAAGCUCCUACUGGGGCGAUCACUACUGGGAACUGGGCGACGAGGACGAUACCACUGCACGGAAAGCGUACGAAGCCCUGCUGAGAGUGUCGCUGCUGCAACCGACCAGCCCCUCGUACCAGUACUUUGCCGACCAGGUGAGACUUCGUGCCAAACGUGAUUACAAUUACACCUUUGUGGAGGACGAGGAGGUAAACUUUUUCAUUGGAGCAUUUUUCGAUGGUGUUUACCUGCUGGGUAUGGCACUGAACGAAACGCUCAACGAAGGCGGUGACAUUCGAGACGGGACGGCAAUCACUCGGAAGAUGUGGAACCGAAGUUUUGAUGGUAUCACCGGAAACGUGCGUAUCGAUGACAACGGAGAUCGUGAUGCCGAUUAUUCUAUUCUUGACUUGGACCCCAUUACCGGUCGUUUCGAGGUGGUAGCCCAUUAUUACGGCCGCAAUAGGGCCUACUCUCCCGUCAAAGGCAAGCGGAUCCACUGGCCGGGAGGACGGGAAGGUCCCCCACCGGAUGUUCCCAAGUGUGGUUUUCUGGGAACUUCACCAUCGUGCCAGGGAAACGAAAUGAUUCUCAUUUACGGGUUGAUCGGAUUCGGAAUCAUUUCCGCGUUCGGUGCCGCCGUCACGUACAUUCUUUGCAAGCAGAUGAAGUUGAAUAAUGAACUGAACAACAUGUCCUGGCGGGUGCGGCCGGACGAGGUACUGCUGGAAAUUGGACGUCUUUUCGGCAGCAAGAUGGGACUGCAGAAGCUGAACUAUGAAAACUUCUCCCUCCAACAAUUCGGCAGUUCGGGACGGGCUUCCAUCGCCAGCGGUCACUCCCAGCUCCCGGCGCAACUGUUUACCACCAUCGGAAUCUACAAAGGAGAGCGAGUUGCCAUCAAAAAGGUCACCAAGAAGAAAGUUUACAUCACUUCCACUCUGCUGUGGGAAAUCAAACAAGCGCGGGACGUAAGCCAUGAAAACACAGUCCGCUUCGUGGGAGCAUGCAUCGAUCUGCCGCGGCCAACGAUCCUAAUACUAACCGAAUACUGCCCCAAGGGUAGUCUCAAAGAUGUGCUGGAAAAUGAAGCCAUUCAGCUGGACUGGAACUUUCGGAUGUCACUGAUUCACGAUGUCGUUAAGGGAAUGGCCUAUCUUCACAACAGUGACGUUGGGGUUCAUGGGAAGCUUCGGUCAUGCAAUUGUCUGAUCGAUGGCAGAUUUGUGCUGAAGAUCUCUGAUUUUGGAUUGCGUACGCUGACUACUCCGUCGGAAUUUGUGCGAGAUCAGAACUAUUUUAACAAAUUGCUCUGGGUGGCACCUGAAUUGCUUCCGACUACCGUGAUUCCUGGAACUCCGGCUUCGCAGAAGGGAGACGUUUACUCGUUUGCCAUAAUCCUCGAGGAGAUCGUGGUUCGAGGCGGGCCCUACGAAACGGCUAGACAGUUUAUGGAUCCACAACAGAUCGCAGAUCGGGUAGCAGCACACGAAAGUCCCCCUUUCAGACCGUUUGUGGGCCAACGGGAUUGUCCUCCGGACUUGUUGGAUUUGAUGGAAAAGUGCUGGUCGGACAGCCCUGACGAUCGGCCCAGUUUCAUUCAAAUCAAGAGCACUGUUAAACUAAUCAUGAAGGGAUUCUGCGAGAACCUGAUGGACGACCUGCUGCGUCGUAUGGAACAAUAUGCCAACAACUUGGAGAGUUUAGUCGAAGAGAAAACCGAACAGCUGAGCAUGGAAAAACGACGCACUGAAGAACUUUUGUAUCAGGUACUGCCACGACCGGUAGCUCAGCAGCUUCUAGCCGGGGAAAUGGUUCAACCGGAGCAGUUCGAAUGUGUCACAAUCUACUUCAGUGACAUUGUGGGCUUCACGGCGCUCUGUGCGCAAAGUCGUCCAAUGGAAGUGGUCGAUUUCCUGAACGAUCUUUAUAGCACUUUUGAUAGGAUAAUUGAAUUUUAUGACGUGUACAAGGUGGAAACCAUCGGAGAUGCCUAUAUGGUGGUUUCUGGGCUGCCGGAACGAAAUGGCCACGAUCACGCCCGGGAAAUUGGUCUGAUGUCAUUGGCCGUUUUGGAUGCUGUGAAAUCCUUCACUAUCAAGCACAAACCGGAACAGCAACUAAAGAUUCGAAUUGGAAUCCACUCGGGGCCGGUUUGUGCCGGUGUGGUUGGACAGAAAAUGCCACACUACUGCUUGUUUGGCGAUACGGUCAAUACGGCUUCGAGGAUGGAAUCCACCGGACAUCCUUUAAAGAUUCACGUGUCAGAGGCAGCCAAACAAAUUCUGGACAAAUUUGGAACAUUUCGUCUGGAGCUGCGAGGUGAGGUUGAACUGAAGGGUAAAGGAAUCGUUACGACCUACUGGUUGUUGGAGUGCUCGGAACCUGAUCCAAGACCACCAACACCGAUGAAAAACUACAUCGACAAUGAUGUUCCAUUUCCGAUACUGUUUCCAGCGGUUGGGAAAUAGGUGCAGAAAAUUAACUAUUAUGAUAGAACAAAAACCUAGUCAUGGUGUCUUAUAUGAUCAAACAGAAACACAUAUAUUCAUAUUCAUAUUCACAUUUCAAUGUCACAUUAUGAGGCUUCUCGACAGCUACCGCAUUUAAUGUCAAUUCUUAAUUCAAACUGGUAGGUCUAAUGGAU